AUGUCUUCCGCUCUCGCUCGCCCGCUGAUGCGGACCACCGCUCGCACUCUCCCUUCGCGCCUCGCCCUCCGUUUCGAGUCCACCACCACCAAGAAGGCCACCGAGUCCGCUAAGGAUGCCGCCAACAAGGCCACCGAGUCCGCCAAGGAUGCCGCCAACAAGGCCAGCGAGUACUCGGCCAAGGCCGCCCAGGGCCUGAGCCGCGCCGCCAGCGCCGCCGGUCCCGCCCUCUCCAGUGCCGUCAGCGCCCUCGGCAAGGCCGGCGGCCGCACUGGCAAGGUCGUCAACUUCAUUGAGAAGCAAGUUCCUUGGGUUGUCUAUUACUCCCGCGUCGGCCUUGAGCUGUCCAAGAUCGUCUUCCACGGCCAGAAGAUGGCUCCUCCCCCCGUCAGCACCUUUCAGUCCUACUUCCAGCGCGCCCUGGGUAUCCUGAAGAACCCCAACACCCUCCUGAAAUCCGUGUCAUCGACCGCCAACUCCGCCGCCGCCGCCAAGCCCGCCGACAUCGCCUCGCGCAUCAACACCGCCUCUGUGGCCUUCGGUGCUGUCGUCGCCGCCGAGUGCCUCGGUUUCUUCACCGUCGGAGAGAUGCUCGGCCGCUUCAAGAUUGUCGGCUACCACGGCGAGACCCACGCCGCCCACCACUAA